CGAAUCGACAAGAACUGGUUCAUGAUCCGCGACUCCUCGGUGAAGACGGAUCGCCUCAUGACCCUACAGCCCUUCGACGAGCAGUGCCCCUUCCCCGUCACCCAGGGCACUAGGGAGGCCCUCGUCGAGCUCUUCCAGGCACUCCACCACCCCUACAUCUACCCAGUGUUGGAUGUAGACUUCGCCAACAUCUCUUCUCACACAUAUGUCAUCACUGUCAUCCCACACAACGCUAAGGGCACUCUCAAGGACCUGAUCUAUAGGAGCCACUGGCAGGACGACUGGAGUGAGAAAUACCAACAGAGAUCAGCUGGACUGCCAGUGUCACAGGUACAGCGACUGGGGCGACAGGUGCUAGAAGCUCUCCUCUUUCUUCAGGACCGAGGCUUUCCCCCCUGCGGUCACUUACACUCAGGCAACGUCAUGCUUCAGAACGGCGUCGCCAGAUUAUCCGGGGUGGAGAACACGCUGCUGGGCCUCACCUCCAGGAUCUACCCCAUCAUCAAGCGGCGUCUCAGAGAUAACAGGGAUGCCAUCGAUUCCGUAUGCUUCGGUCACGUCAUGUUUGAGAUGUGUGCGGGGUACGAGCUGUCCUCUGCCCACCCUACUGCCAAGCACCUGGAAGACAUCUCCACUUACCCACAGGUGGUACAAGUGUUGGAGUACAUCUUCGGUAAUGGUGACCAGUACCCAAGCGUUGAGGAGAUCCUCUGCCUGGAUUUCUUUCGGAACCUGGACCUGCGGGAGAUGCGAGCUGCCCCCCUGCCGUCACAGUUCCAGAUAAGGUACUCACCAAUGAUACGGAAUAUUCUCAAAGAGGUCCGAAGAUUCCAAAAACAAAGGAGUGUGCAGCGCCGUACACGUUCGCUUAGUCGAGGGGACACACUAGACGGUGACGGUGGCUACUUCCGUCGUGAUGCCAGACGCGGGCGACGUGGGGGAGGCACAGCCUCGGGCGGUGAGGGAGGAGGUGACACACCCACAAGUAGUGAGGCAUCAGCGAGUGGGGCUGGGGGUGGUGAUGACAGUAUGCCUCCAACCUCAGCUUAUAACACACCAACAGCCUCCUUAGCUGCCCUCUCCUCACCUACCUCUGAUGUUACACCUUCCCCUGAGAAAAGUGUGCUUGAGCACCCUACGCAUCGCCUCUUGGAGGUAUCUUCGCCUCAACGGCAGCACCCCAGCAUCUGCCAGGAUGUGUUCCACACACCGCCACACACGCCGCCCACCCCUCAAAAUCACCCAAUUAGAGCCAACCAUAUCAGCCAAGCCCACAACGACCGCCCACUUACAACGACGCGUUAUCCGCCCAGAGACUCACGCAGUACCCAUUGGUCGAACACAAACCAUUUGACCCAGAAUGGUCAUGCGGGUAGGCGAGGACAGCCAUGGACGUGACCCAGUUGUAGUCGUGAUGUGUCCAUGAUCCUUAACUCACUGGUUGUACCCCUACCAUGGCUCCCUUUCAGUAGUUACAUCUCAGCACUUUUUACUUAGAUUCUUUUAGUUGUGGGUUUAGUGAAACAAGAUGAGAGUAACUUAUUGGUUUUACAGGGCAUCCGCUAGGAACUGGAGAGACUUCCCCCCUCCACCGCAUCCUCACUCACCAGUGGUUAAAGGCAGAGAGUGAGAACAGUGACAUUACUAGCUGAUAAAGACAGUUCAUAGAGGUGGAGUGAACCAAACAGCAGACAAAUCAAAUUAAGUUUUUAUAUGUGAUUUUGUUUUUUUUAUUUAUUUUAUAUUUGUUUUAGUAAAAAUUGGAAUUAUGUCUUGCAGUAUUCUGCCCUGGAAGUGAUUGUACAGUGAAAAUUAGGACCCAACUUGGGAUUAUACUAAGAUAUAGGAUUUUCCCAGUGACUCAAAGGCAGGACUGCUAGUGAUAUUAGGCAGCAUUGCCACCAUGCUCAUCCUCACAGCAAGAACUUAAAGUGUUUGCUGUUACCACAUCCAUGGUAUUCAUCACUGCAGCAUGUUACCAUUUAGUGCUGUGUGAAUUCUUUUGCUGUUAAAUGGCAGCUGCAUCACCAUGAGUGCUGUUCCAAUGCUGCCACUUGUUUUGGUCCUUUGAAGCACCAGAAACAUUUCUGUCCAGAACUUUGAAUAGUGUUUCUUCGGUUUUGUGUCAUAUUUGUAUAUCUUACAUUCUAAUCACAUCAUUGCAAUAAUAACUUAUGGUUAUAUUUAUAUAUUGUAUUUUAAAGAGCACCAUGUGAUGGGCCAGACAUUUUAUGCUGCAGUCUACAGUGUGUUUUACUUAUAAUGGUAGAAAGCUAAAUAUAACAUUGUUAGUACAAUAUUUACCACAAGACUUAGCUUAAGCUAGAAGGAUUUGUUUAUUUCUAAAAUGAUCUUUUUAGCCAAGAGAACUUCUUAUACUGUUAAGAAGAGGGGAAGCAUGUGGAUUUCCAUUUCCACAUGUCAUUUGACCAGUGCUAUACAGUUGCACCUUUCAUAUACCAUAACAGAAAUUAAAUAUUACUUAAGAAUCAUAUGUAUUAUGUACUAUUGGUUGGGGGAAAGUCAUGAAAAAACAGGAUCUUAACAAAGUAAAGUGAGGUCAUAUUUUAAGCUGAUAUUAAGUGAAUGUAGUAGAUCAUUAGACAUCAGCAUCUGAUUGAAAUAUUAGGAAAAGUUUAUCAGAUCUUUGGCCCUUUAUAAUACAGUUCAGGGAUGGAGGUAAAAGGAAGUACUUCCUUCCUACUGUCACCUAAACUUAAGAUUCUUAAUAAGUACGACGCCUCGGUGGACCUCUCUAUUGGUAGCAUCCUCUGCAGAGAACACCUUUAUAUAAUUUGUUCCAAGAAGAUUUCAUUCCUGUCCUCCAUCACCAACUUUAGAAAAACUUCACCAGCAGCUGAAGAUGACAUGCCUUUUGCUUCCAAAGAACAAGUUCUGUAUUACCAACUGAAGACCAAAAGUUCCACUUGAAAUUUAAAGUCUAAGCCCAUCAGUUGCUGCUGGUCACAUUUAUAUUAGCAGCUGAAUGCAGAGACUUUGCUAUCAGGAGUUGAAGACCCAUUUACACUCCUAGCAGGUGAACAUCAUGUUCUACAAGCAACAAACUGAAGAUAUUUUUACCUGUACCUGAAGACAAAGUUGCCUCUUCAGAGAAACACCAAAUUUCACCAGUCAUUUUUUACCUGUAACUGCAGGCCAAAUUUCAUCAAUGAAAUGUUCGAUAUCUUUAAACCUUGUUAAGAAUUGUUUCACUAGUAACAGAUAAUACUAAGUUUUCUGAAGCAGGUGAAGACCAAUUUUUUUUUUAAUUUUUGAGGACAGAGUUCUUAUGCCAUCUGCAUAGAUUAUGAUGCCAUCAGUAGCAGAUUACUGUACUCUAGAGGUCCUCUGGGCACUGGCAGGAACUGUACUGUAGUCUUUAGUUCUCACCAGUAACUGUAGAAGCCACCUGGUCUCCAACAGUAGCUGUGAAAAUUAUAAGACUCCUCUAGUAGCUGAGAGAUCCCCUGACUUCCACCAAUAGCUGUAGAGGUCAUCUGGCUUUAAAUAUUGUCUUGGAAAAAUCUUUAAGGCUUGAUAAGUCUUGUGGGUGGUGGCUGUAGCUCAUCCAUUUCACUAUAGCUCAAGGGUUUUGUAAAAACACUAUGCAAUUAUUUCAUGUUAUGCUUAUAGAGUUAUAAAACUUCUAUCUUUUAGAAAAAGUUGAUCAUGUAGGACAUAGUAUUGUUAGAAAGGAUUUAGAAACUAUAAUACAGUGUAUUUCCAGAGAAGGAAUCAGCCAAAUUAUCUUCUCGUUAUAUUUUAAGAAAGUUUAAGUGAUGUUUAGUUUGUCAAGAGGAUAGAUUUCUGUUCAAAAAUUUAAACUUUAUUCAUCACCUUUUUGUAGAGGCCUCCAGAAUGAGUGUAUGCUAACACAACACACUUUGAAAUACUAGAAAUGAAUUGAGAGUGUGGAGCUUUUAAGUCAUUCAGUAUUUUUCAAGUAUUGAAAGUGUACGUUUUUUGUAUUUGAUUAAAUUUUUGAAAUUGAACCAGUAAUUAUACAUAAUGGCACCAUAAUCUUCAUAUUGAAUUUCCCAACAUGGAAGAUUGACAACCUAAAUCACACUGUUCAAUGUUUUGGUAAGUGAACCAGAAGUGUUUUAUUUUUAUAUUUUGCUGUGAUCUUAAAGCAUCUGUUAUGGUAAUUGUGUUUUUGUAAAAAAAAAAAAAAAGUUAUCACCAGAAAUGUUCACAUAAAUAUAUAUAUACAGCUUCACUUGUAAAUUUGCAGUUAUAACAUAUAUCUAUCAAACCACAAAUACUCUAAAUGACACCUUAGACUUUACAUGAAUACCUUGUGUCUUGGUCUUUUCCUCCAGAUAUUCAUACUGUCAACAAAGGUGACUAUAGUAGUCAGUAUAAACUCAUACAUUUAGUACUUGGUAGUGAGUGAGAGCUCUUAUAAAGGGAAGUCUUGGUUAGAUAUGUACUUAUUGCAGGCUUAGUGGACCUGAAAAUGAUUGUCUGUUUUUGCUGUUCAGUUUACUAUGAAGGAUAUCGUGUGACAGAAUUAAUAGUCAUUGCAAAGGUUCAGUUAUAUGUUGACAAUUAGUUAAAACAUUGCAGUAUGUGCAUACACACUAACACACACAUGUGCACAUGCACUUACACACAUAGUCCCACACAUGUAGCUGUACACUCACUCAGGAGACCUUAACUCUGAACACUAUUGUUUCAUAUUUUUAGGUUUAUGUUGGGGUAGGUCAUUAAACAUUGUCAUAGUCUUGGUAAAAAAACCAAAACAUUUGCUGAUUUCUUGAUGUGUGCUGUCUAUUGAACUUGUAGCCAUUAUCCAAGGUGUGAAUGGUGCAUCCACAGCUGUCCAGAUAAAUUGCAUUGCUCAUGAGCAGCUGCUCACCUAGGCUUUACGCUGUAAAUGUAUAGUUACGGUGUGAGGUUCUUCAGAGAAUUAGGCUCUUCACUGUAUAGUUUUGAAGUUAGACAAUGCAUUUAUGAGGCCAGGCUCUGCAGUUUGCAUUGGCUUUGCUAAGCUGUGCAUUGUUUAGGACCAAAGCUAGGCUUGUCAUUCUACAAAGUUAUCAUUGUAUUGUAUAGUUUCAGGACUGCACUGUGCAGCCACUGCUCUAGACUGCAUUGAUCAUGCAAAAAAAAAAAAACUGUUGUAGAGAGCACAAUU